GGUGUUUAGGAGACGUUUGUGUACAUCGGUUAAAAACACACCUUUUCCCGAAAAGAGCCGUGAUGGUUUUCCGAGGUGUGUUCAGGCAGGAGUUCCUGAGAUGAUAAGAUAUGCGGCACAGGACGAGCUAUUCUGCUGAACAAUAUAUGGCAAAAAUGAGAGGGAGAGAAGAAACGGCCCCGGGAACUUCCCCGCCGAGCCGGGAUAACGUCACAGAGCAACAGAAGAGGACGAAAACUAUUUACAUCGUUUACGUCAUCGCCGCUUUGGAUAUUACAUGGAUGUUUCUGCAGUUUUCUGUCACUCCUUAUUUGGCAAAGAAACUUGGCUUCAACACUUUGUGGUUUGGGUAUUUGCAAACCACGGUCGGUGUAAUCCAGCUGUGCGGGGGUCCCCUGUUUGGAAGGUUUGGAGAUGUUUUCGGAGCACGAGCAGCUUUGUCUCUGGCGUGUUCUUCCACAGUCGUUUUCUUUCUGCUGCUGGCCGUAGCAGAGAAUCCUGCCAUGCUGUUCAUCCACAAACUCCCCACAAUCUUCAUGCACGUGUUACCCGCCUGUCAGAUGGUCGUCACGGACCUUUCGGCUCCUGAGAAACGGGCCGACGCUUUGUCCAAACUGGGGCUGUGCUUCGGCGUCGGCAUGAUCGCCGGCUCCACGCUGGGCGGCCAUCUAAACACGCGCUUCGGGGAGACAUUUACUGCCGGUUUUGGAGCUGUGGGGAGUACCUUCAGUUUACUAUUGGUUUUAAAGUUUAUCCCCAAAACGACCAAAUCUCAAGCUCCGACACCCGGCAGAGACAGCGAGAACAAAAGCAAGUCCAUAUUCAACGUGGGGGAGAUCACCCGACUGCUGAAGUUUCCUGGUGUGAAGCGGACUUUUCUGGUGAAGAUAGUUGCGGGUUUGCCAUCAGGCAUCUUUCAAGUGAUGUUCUCCAUCAUCGCGUUGGACUUCUUCAAGCUGAAACCCGAGCAGAACGGCUACCUGAUGGCUUACUUCGGCAUCGCCUCAAUGGUCGUUCAGGGCGCGGUGGUCGGUCGGCUCACGGCGAGAUACUCUGAGAGCUCGCUGCUGCUUCUGUCCAUCGGCGUUUCUUCUCUGGUGGGACUGGCUCAGGCCUACAUGCAGGACGUGUUUCAGUUCUGCCUCAUCGUCGUCCCGAUGAUGUUCUCGCUCAGCGUGUUCAACGUCAUCACGGACAGCAUGCUCACCAAGAGCGUACCGGCCUCCGACACCGGCACCAUGAUGGGACUGUGUGCAUCGGUCCAGUCGCUGCUCCGCACCGUCGGCCCGACCGCCGGCGGCUUCAUGUACGUCCACUACGGCGUCUCCUCCAUCGGCCUGCUCCAGUUCGUCGUGAACAUCGGUGUGUUCGCGCACCUGCUGCAGCGUCACCUCGGGAAGACGCCCGACCAUCAGGAAUGAAAUGUGGUCAUUUAAAAAAAAAAAACACA